AUGUCAAGUCAGAUUGGGCUUAUGGUCCUCUUAAAGUAUAGUCGUUCUUUCCUCGGCGGAUGGUACAUUAAGGGCGAACUUGAUCCUACGUCUGCUGAAAUCUCAGCUGAAUAUUCUAUCGUGGAGAAUUCCCAUAGAGACAAGAUUAUUGGAGAGAAGUCUACCUCCCUCCUUAGCGGUGAGCCAUUCGUUUACUCCGGGGAGGCAGGUACAUUCACAUCCACCUUAUCUAUACAGGGAACAGCAAUUAUGGCCCAUGUUGAAGGAGAUGUCUAUAACACAUCCCUAGCUAUUAUUGAGAAAAUUGGCGAUGUUGAACUCGAACCAUCUUGA